ACUCUCCUUUAUCAUCGGAGCGUAGGAUACCAAUGACCCCCCUAUCUAAUAAACAGAAGUCCUCCGUAUCAUAGCACCGAGAAGCAGACGUCCUCCGAGCUCGGGUGGGGAGCAGUACAUAAGUGGGGGAGUGUUAUAGUGUAGUAGACUUGUAAGUCUUUAGAAAAUAGAUACAUUAAAGUUCAUCUUCGAAAUAGCGUGUUAUAUUCAAUACUACAUUCUCACCAUGUCUUCGAAUCUUUCCGGUAAAGUGAUCCUCCUCACCGGCGCGGCGAGCGGUAUUGGACGAGGCACAGCAAUUAAAUUAAAUAGCCUGGGUGCUAUUCUCGCUAUCACGGAUGUCAAUGAGCCUGCACUAGCUGAGACCCUUACGCUCUGUUCAGGCGGUAGCAAUUCAGAGCAUCACACUGCUCAUACUCUUGAUGUAUCCAACUCCGCCGAUGUAGAAGAACGCGUAGCCCAAGUCGUGACUAAGUACGGGCACAUCGACCACGUAUUCAACUGCGCCGGCGUCAACCCAACCGCCAUGUCCCUGACAGAAACAAGCGAGGCAUAUUUCGACAAACUCGUCAGCGUCAACCUAAAGGGCAUGUUCAACGUGACCAAAGCCACUAUCCCGCACAUGAUAGCUCCGGGUGGCAGCUACGUCAACGUAAGUUCUAUCUCCGGAUGGAAUCCCGACGCGGGAACAGCCGUGUACUGCGCGACCAAGUUCGGCGUCAUCGGCUUCAGUAAGUGCAUGGCGCUUGAACUAGGUCCAAAAGGCAUCCGGGUGAAUAUUGUCGCGCCGGGAUACAUUAACACCCCGACCAAUGCGGGAAUAGUUAGGGGAACGCCCGAGGCAAGACGGCGUAUGGAGCAGGGUAAUGCUCUGGGAAGGAUGGGCACGCCGGAGGAUAUUGCAGGCGUUGUCGCCUUCUUGAUGAGUGACGAGGCUAGAUAUAUGAAUGGCAGUGUUGUCGGGGUUGACGGGAUGCUGAUAACGUGAAGCGGACUUCCCACAUUUACAGUCCUUAGACUUUGAGCUUUGCGCUUGCUCAUAUACCUCAUGGAUUAAAUAAGUUUAUGAUAAUAUCUCCAUAGUCCCUGAAUGCAGAUUUCUUAUGCCACCAUAUACUGACCAGAGUUGGGUU